CUGUUAAGUGCACUGUAUUUUCUUGAUUUUUAUAAAUACUAUUAUUAUAUAUAAUUAUUAUAUAUAACAAUAUAUUAAAAUUUGUAACCUAACGCAGAAUUUAUUAUAAAAUAAAAUGGAAGAAAUGGAAUUAGGAAGCGAUGAAAGUAACGAUAAAAAUUUGCAUGAAAAUUCGGUGAACAGAAAGAUCGAAUCAGAAAUAAUUAAAAAUGAAACUGAAGAAAUUAAGGAUGAUGAGUUUGAUGAAGAACAAGAUAAAGAUAAUGAUGAUGAUGAUGAUGAUGAUGAUGAUGAUGAUGAUGAUGAAGAAGAUGCUGACGAAGCAGAAGUUAAAAUUUUAGAAACUUCUCUUGCUCACAAUCCAUAUGAUUAUGCGAGUCAUGUAGCCCUUAUUAACAAAUUACAAAAAAUGGGUGAAUUAGAACGAUUACGCGCUGCCAGAGAAGAUAUGAGUUCAAAGUAUCCCUUGAGCCCUGAUCUCUGGUUAUCUUGGAUGCGUGACGAAAUUAAAUUAGCAACUACCAUAGAACAGAAAGCUGAAGUAGUAAAAUUAUGUGAGCGAGCUGUAAAAGAUUAUCUUGCUGUAGAAGUAUGGUUAGAAUAUUUACAAUUUAGUAUUGGUAAUAUGGGUACUGAAAAAGAUGCAGCAAAAAAUGUUAGACAUCUCUUUGAAAGAGCAUUAACAGAUGUUGGAUUACAUACUAUUAAAGGUGCAAUAAUAUGGGAAGCAUUUAGAGAGUUUGAAGCUGUAUUAUAUGCUCUGAUUGAUCCUUCAAAUCAAGCUGAAAGGAAAGAGCAAUUAGAACGUAUUGGUAACUUAUUCAAAAGACAAUUAGCUUGUCCUCUUUUAGAUAUGGAAAAAACAUAUGAAGAAUAUGAAGCUUGGCGUCAUGGAGAUGGUACAGAAGCUGUUAUUGAUGAUAAAAUUAUUAUUGGAGGGUAUAAUCGAGCUCUUUCAAAGCUUAAUCUUCGUUUACCUUAUGAAGAAAAAAUUGUUUCUGCACAAACAGAAAAUGAACUAUUAGAUUCAUACAAAAUAUAUUUAUCAUACGAACAACGUAAUGGUGAUCCUGGAAGAAUUACAGUUUUGUAUGAAAGAGCAAUCACUGAUCUUAGUUUGGAAAUGUCAAUUUGGCUUGACUACCUUAAGUAUUUAGAAGAAAAUAUUAAAAUUGAAUCAGUUUUAGAUCAAGUAUAUCAAAGAGCUUUAAGAAAUGUUCCCUGGUGUGCAAAAAUAUGGCAAAAAUGGAUAAGAUCAUAUGAAAAAUGGAACAAAUCGGUAUUAGAAGUUCAAACUUUAUUAGAAAAUGCUUUAGCAGCUGGAUUUUCUACUGCGGAAGAUUAUCGAAAUUUAUGGAUAACUUAUUUGGAAUAUUUACGACGAAAAAUCGAUCGCUAUUCUACAGACGAAGGAAAACAAUUAGAAAUACUACGUAAUACUUUUAAUAGAGCUUGUGAACAUUUGGCAAAAUCAUUUGGCUUAGAAGGAGAUCCUAAUUGUAUUAUAUUACAAUAUUGGGCAAGAACUGAAGCUAUACAUGCUAAUAACAUGGAAAAAACUAGGUCAUUAUGGGCUGAUAUUUUGUCACAAGGACAUUCCGGAACAGCAUCUUAUUGGUUGGAAUAUAUUUCAUUAGAAAGAUGUUAUGGAGAUACAAAACAUUUGAGGAAAUUAUUCCAAAAAGCUUUGACCAUGGUAAAAGAUUGGCCAGAAAGCAUAGCAAAUUCUUGGAUAGAUUUUGAACGAGAUGAAGGAACAUUAGAACAAAUGGAAAUAUGUGAAAUACGAACAAAAGAAAAAUUAGAUAAAGUUGCUGAAGAAAGACAGAAAAUGCAACAAAUGUCCAAUCAUGAACUAUCACCAUUACAAAACAAAAAAACUUUUAAAAGAAAACAAGACGAAACCGGUAAAUGGAAAAAUUUAGGAUCUUCUCCAACAAAAAUUACAAAAGUUGAAAUGCAAAUAAAACCAAAAAUUAGAGAAAGUCGUUUAAAUCUCGAAAAAAGUACUGAUUCUGAAGAACAAAAAUUAAAAACUGCGCCUCCGCCUGGUUUCAAAAUGUCAGAAAAUGAACAAAUGGAGAUAGAUAAUAUGCAUGAAAUGGAUGAUAAAAGUACAGUUUUUAUAAGUAAUUUAGACUACACAGCAAGCGAAGAAGAAGUUAGAAAUGCUUUACAAUCAGCAGGACCAAUUACAAUGUUUAAAAUGAUACGAGAUUAUAAAGGACGUAGUAAAGGAUAUUGUUAUGUGCAACUCAGUAACAUAGAAGCAAUUGAUAAAGCUUUACAGUUGGAUAGAACUCCUAUAAGAGGGCGGCCAAUGUUUGUUUCAAAAUGCGACCCAAAUAGAACACGAGGAUCUGGAUUUAAAUAUAGCUGUUCUCUUGAAAAAAACAAGCUUUUUGUUAAAGGACUUCCGGUAUCAACAACAAAAGAAGAGCUCGAAGAAAUUUUCAAAGUUCAUGGAGCAUUAAAGGAAGUCCGCAUAGUUACUUACCGUAAUGGUCAUUCUAAAGGGUUGGCUUACAUCGAAUUUAAGGACGAGAAUAGUGCCGCGAAGGCACUUCUGGCUACUGAUGGAAUGAAAAUUGCCGACAAAGUAAUUAGUGUAGCCAUAAGCCAACCACCUGAACGCAAGAAAGUACCAGCGACUGAAGAACCGCUCUUAGUUAAAUCUCUAGGUGGUUCUAUAGUAAGCAGAACUACAUUUGGUAUGCCCAAAACAUUAUUAUCUAUGGUACCUCGUACUGUCAAAACCGCUGCUACUAAUGGCAGUGCAAAUGUGCCUGGAAAUGGUGUUGCUCCAAAAAUGAAUAAUCAAGAUUUUAGAAAUAUGUUACUGAAUAAAAAGUAAUUUACUAUAA